AUGCUGUGGCCCCGGCUAGCGGCAGCCGAGUGGGCGGCGCUGGCCUGGGAGCUGCUGGGUGCCUCGGUGCUGCUCCUCGCGGUGCGCUGGCUGGUGCGACGGCUGGAGAAGCGGCCGAGGGGCCUGGGCCGCGGCGGGACUCCGACCCCGCCGCCCUGCGCGGCCCCGGCCCCUGGAGCAGGUGACGUGACAAUGGAUGCUGUUUUGGCUCGGUUAAAACUCCUGAGUCCAGAUGACCUCAGAGAAGAAGUCUUCAGAGCUGGAUUGAAAUGUGGCCCCAUUACAGCAACCACAAGGUUCAUUUUUGAAAAGAAAUUGGCUCAGGCUUUACUAGAUCAAGGUGGAGUGCUGCCUGCCUCUCUUUCCAACCUCAGGGAGACAGCUGUAGCACUCAGCCAGGACACACAGAGGACUCUGCCGUCUGCUGAAGGAAACCUGACUGUGCAGGCCAGUUUUUCUGAAGACAGAGAUUUUAAUUACAGUGUGGGCUUGAAUUCGCCAGAGGAGGAAGCUGUGGCAUCCAAGGCACGCCCAGAGCCCCUAGGUGCCUCCCUCAGGAGUGACACCCACCAGGCUGGAGCAACGCCCUCUAAGGAGCCAUCCCUGUACUAUGGAGUGUGCCCAGUGUAUGAGGACGGCCCAGUGAGAAAUGAAAAGAUCCAUGUUUAUGAAGAUAAAAAGGACGCAUUGCAAGCUGUCAAAAUGAUCAAAGGGUCCCGAUUUAAAGCUUUUCCAACCAGAGAAGAUGCUGAGAAAUUUGCUAGAGGAAUUUGUGACUAUUUCCCUUCUCCAAGCAGAGCCUCGUCACCACUGUCCCCUGUGCGGGCAGCGCCACUCCUCAGCAGUGGUGGGCUGAAAGAUGGUCUGUGCUUAUCUGAACCAGAAAUAGUAAACAAGGAGCGAGCAAACAGCUACAAAAACCCCCGCACUCAGGACCUCACUGCCAAGCUGCGGAAAGCUGUGGAGAAGGGGGAGGAGGACACCUUUUCUGACCUUAUCUGGAGCAACCCCCGGUAUCUGAUUGGCUCAGGGGACAAUCCAACCAUUGUGCAGGAAGGGUGUAGGUACAACGUCAUGCAUGUUGCUGCCAAAGAGAAUCAGGCUUCUGUCUGCCAGUUGACGUUGGAAACACUGGAAAACCCCGAGUUCAUGCGGCUUAUGUACCCAGAUGAUGACCAGAGCAUGCUGCAGAAGCGCAUCUGCUACAUCGUGGACUUGUAUCUGAACACCCCGGACAAAGUGGGCUAUGACACACCUUUGCACUUUGCUUGCAAGUUUGGGAAUGUGGAUGUGGUCAGUGUACUUUCUUCACACCCUUUGAUUGUGAAAAACCCAAGGAAUAAAUACGGAAAAACACCCGAAGAUGUGAUUUGUGAACGAAGCAAAAAUAAGCCUGUGGAACUGAAAGAGCGGAUCACAGAGUACCUAAAGGGUCACUACUACGUGCCACUUCUGAGAGCAGAAGACACUUCCUCUCCAGUCAUCGGGGAGCUAUGGUCCUCAGACCAGACGGCCGAGGCCUCAAACACCAGCCACUGUGGAAGUGACCCCAGAGAACCUGUGCUGACCCUGAGAGCCUUCGCAGGGCCCCUGAGUCCAGCCAAGGCAGAAGACUUUCGGAGACUCUGGAAAACUCCACCUCGAGAGAAAGCAAGCUUCUUCCACAGCGUCAGGAAAUCUGACCCAGAAAGAGGCAUUGAGAGAGUGGGAAGGGAGCUAGCUCAUGAGCUGGGGUAUCCCUGGGUUGAAUACUGGGAAUUUCUGGGCUGUUUUGUUGACCUGUCUUCCCAGGAGGGCCUGCAGAGACUGGAAGAGUAUCUUGCUCAGCAGGAAAUGAGCAGAAAGGAGGCCUGCCCCCGAGACCAAGCCCCGACUUCUGGUAGCAGGAAGAAGUGCAGCAAUUCCAUUUCUGUGGGGGCAUUUCUAGAUGAGGACAAUGACGUGAGCUUUGAAGAAAUUACAAAUGGGCAGAAUGCAGCUCCACAUCAGAGCCAGCCCACAGUCAGUGCUUUUGGAAACUUGGAGCACAGUGGCCUUUCCCAGGGGCAGCAGGCAGACCCAGUGGGAGCCUCAGACCAGCACCAUCCCCACACCAGCAGAAACAAGUUCUGCAGUCCCUUGACCCAUAGCAAGAUCCCAGGCGUGGAGAAACCAGAGGCCCUCAGUGGAGAGGAGGCCCUUUUGUCACCUGUCUCCAGUUUGACUCUUGAGUUUGAUAAAAUGGAUUUGCGAAAUCUAAGAGAUAGCCUUUCCAAGACAGCAAAUAAAAAUAUGAAAACUAAAGAUCAGAUCCUGACUUCAAGAAAGGACAUACCGCCUGCUGCUGCAGUCGGACUGGGAAAUGACCAGAUGAGGACAGAUGGCGAGAUGUCAGCUGGUCUGGCAAAGAUGUCCCUGGACCCCAACAGUCCUGAGUGGGGAAACCAGCAGACGUGCGGACCUCAGUCCCAGCCCACACCCCUGUCUGCAUUCUCCCCCUCCACAAGGGACAGCACCAGGAGACUGUUCCUCUUUGGAGAGGAGCCAUCAAAACUCGACCGGGAUGUCUUGGCAGCUCUUGAACGUGCAGAUGUCGACCCUUAUCGGUUCCCAGCUGUGCAUAGAUGGAAGAGCACUGUCCUGUGCUAUUCCCCCUCAGACAGGCAGAGUUGGCCAAGCCCUGCACUGAAAGGAAAGUUCAAGUCUCAGCUGCCAGAUCUUGGAUGCCCUCACAGCUACAAUCCAGUGCGAAGCGGUGCAGCCGGCAGCAGCCCUGGGAAACUCAGCCAUGCUUCCUGUUCACCGGGCCUGGGAAGCCCCAGGCGCUAUAGCCCUGUACACGGGAGCCAUCUCCGCAGGGUGGCACACAUGGCCCAGCUCACAGCCCUGUAGGGUUGGCACUUGCUACAGAGGCUUGGGGUUCCUAGGCUUAUUGGUCAAAUUUCAUAAAGGAGUAUAUUCUGAAUAAUUUAUUAAUCCUCACUUUGAGGGUAUAAUUUUAGAAAUGCAAAUGUUCUAAAUAAAAUUUACAUUUCUGAUAAAUGGAAGAAGUUAACAAAAGUACACUCAGAUACGUGUUUCAAGUAAUGAUCCCGGGUUUGUUGUUGGGCAAAGGUGCAAAGGCCCUUAAACAGCAGGUGGCCAUCACUUCCCAAUACUGAGCAGGCGCUAUGGACGAGAGGUGACUGGCCCUGAGGUCAGCAUCACCCUGUAGCUCUUGUGCUUGCCUCUACUAGAAGGCUGGACUGGCUGCCUCUUGUGUCUUUUUGUAUGUGCUAGGGAAGUCAGUGCUCACCUAGACAAGGGCGAGCUGCAUGUUAUCUUGCCUUUUCUGGGGCAGCUGCAUUCUGGUGCAGGAUAAUGGCCAACAUGAAUGGUCUGCAAGUCUUCCUGGAUGGGCAACAGGGAGCCAGUGAGCUUGCCUGUGUCAGAUACUCAGUGGUGUUCAAAACACUGCUGAUCAGAGUAGUAGGUGAAAGUAGCUUUUCUCUUGGAAAAAAAUGUGUAGCUAUUGGGAUCCAUGCAGAUGGUCAGAAAACUCACCAGCACAUGAGCUGUCCCUCUGCUUCCCUUAGUCACCAGCUUGGUAGUGACCAUUAAUCUGUAACCUGUUCCCUAGCUUUGAAAUUUGUCCUGAGAAUUAGUUAAGCAUAAAUUUUUCUAUUGCAGAUUAUACAAGUGGAUCCCACGUUUAGAAUUCAUUUCAAUUGGAUUUCCUUGAAAAGAGCGUUUUGCUGCAGUACAGAAACCAAAAUUUAAGUCCGUUCCAGUUACUUGUGGUGUUGACGUUAACCUUUUCCCUUGGCACCAGCCUGGGGAAGGUCUGUCCCUAGAGCAUGUGGGGAGCAGGAAACACUGCCAGCUGUCAGGGUGCCUGAGGUAGGGUGGCCUUGCAGCAGGCCAGUCUCUUCCAGGUGUCAGGACAGUGGCUCCCACACAGCAUUCUGUGGACAUGUCCAGUGUUUGAUCCAAAACGAAAACUGCUGCUGCUCUUGCCAACCUUAGUGCCUUUUGUAAAUCAUUUUUAAUUGUCCCGAAUUUACUUUUUGAGACUAUAAAAUAAUAUUAAGUAGGUAUUCCUUUUCAUAUGUAAAAUUGCUGAAUUAAACUGUGUAAAGAAAAAAGUUUUGUUUCAUGUGAUAAACAUUUUAGUUGGGAAUAUUGGAAUUAAUAUUUAGGUCUUAAAUCCAGGUUUGUCACACAGGGUGUUUUCAUUGUUGUGCCACAGACAAGCUCUGGAAAAUCAAAACAUGGAUAUUACACUCACAGAGAUGCUCUGUUUUCUCCAAAGUCUUACCUUAUUAUUCUAUAUAUUGUUGUAAAUGUGCAGAUUGAAAUUAAAUAGUUUUUGCUCUAA